AACAAGAAAUUUUUUAACAAGGGCGCAUAAAGUGCAGUUUAAGUAAUUCAUAAAAUAAAAAAAAAAAAAAAAAAAUUUUUGUCGAAUCCAUUGCUGUGUCAUUAGGGUCCCGAAAACUCUGUGAAGUCUACGGAGACAAUAAUUGAUUUGUAGUUACUUGAUUCUUCACCUCUUAUAAGUCAACUAUAUUUAGCAUGGGAAACUCGAUAGGCAAAGAUAAAGGGGAAGAAACUGUAGACGGAGGUCAACUUAUGCCACAUGGAGUAUAUAAAGGACCACAGGAUUGGGACUAUAGGAGUGUCCGAAAACUCAUCAUAGAAAGGAAAUUAGCGCCUUUUUAUAAAGGGUUAUCAGACUAUGACGAGAGUUGGAAUGAAGUUACAACUGCCUCUAAUCUCCCAAAAAAUGGCACAACAAAGGGUAAAGAGGUACCUCCGUCAAAAUCGGUAGAAGCUCAACUAUAUAAGGGUGCUAUCGAGUGUCCUAUUUGCUUUUUGUAUUAUCCGCGAAAUAUUAAUCAUUCUCGAUGUUGUGAUCAACCUAUCUGUACUGAAUGUUUUGUUCAAAUAAAACGACCGGAGAAUGGUACAUUAGGCGCAAAUAAUUCUCCAGCCGUAUGCCCCUUCUGUGUAGAGCCUAAUUUUGGUGUAUGCUACAAACCACCUACUUUCAGUGCGGGUAUCGGUAGUGAAAGCUCGCCAUCUACAACAUCACUAAAUACAAAUAAUUUAAUUCCAUCAUCAUCCUCAACUACCUCGCUUAAUCCACAAGAUGGGAAGCCUCGAAGAAAGAGUGUUAGCCAUAAGAAUCCGGAUGUUGUUACUACCGAUCAAAUUCGCCCAGAUUGGGCAGCGCGAGUCCUACAACAACCUCCUCGUCAACUUCCGACUCCAAGACGACCUACUAAUACUUCACCUUCAAGACGUAUCAUGGUUCGCCCUGGAGGAGGCGGAAGCACCUACGUGACUUCAUCAACCAAUUCUUCUCGACGUAAUAACCAACCUACUGGAGGCGAAUAUGGAGGAUACUUGGCUGCUAUGAGAAUGGGUACGGACUUGGAAGAACUUAUGGUCAUGGAAGCAAUCAGAUUGAGUCUAUUAGAACAAGAGGAAAGAGAAAGAAGAGAACGGGAAGAAAGAGAUCAGACUGAAAGAACACAGGAUGAUAAUUCUAAUAAUGCUUCAUCAUCUGACGGUUCUACAACAGAAACUAUAACGACACCUAAUCUAUCUAAUAACGAUGAAAAUGGGGAAGGAGAGUUGCUUAAUCGAAUCGAUAAUAAUUUUGUGAAUAUAGAUGAUGAGAUACUUACUUCAAGACGAGAACUACUGGAAAAUGAUGAUGAUGAUGAAAGUUCCUCUAUUUCUCAUUCACAUGAUCAGACACCAACUACUGUAUCAACACCAAUAACAGCAAGUACAGAAGAUGGUACAAUAACAAGUACAUCGGCUCCAUCGUCAAGAGGAUCGGGACCAUCUACUCCAAGCUCAACAAAUUCUACCAACGAAGCUCUAUCCCCUCCGUCAUCUCCACUUACACACAAUCAUAAUAUCACAUCAUCAACGGAAAUAUCAACAUCAGCAAGGGGUUCAAACGAUGAUUCACUUCUUCUUAAUGAAAUUGAUGAUCACGGUCAGACAUCUGAACAAGUAAAUGAUAUUAAAAAACCAACUGUAAGUAUUUUGUUGAAUAAUGCAUUAGGCGUUGAUGAUGCGCUUGUGAAAAAUGAAAGUGAUGGUGAUACUCGGGAUCCAAGAGGAGGUUCAUGGGGACCUGCUUGAUUAUUAUUGUAUUAAAGACGAUAUAUCUAAGAAUAUGAGAGUUUAGAAAAUCAAACAAACAAUAUUAUAUUUGAUAAUCUUUUAUCGUUUGAUUUAAUUUAUCAUUUACAACAAAUUGAGUCUAUUUUGGCUUAUUUAUAUAUGAAGCAUUCGUUUUACUAGCUUUUCAUAAAAUUUAAGGGCAUUUAAAGUUAGAAUAGGAAAGUGUUAAAUAUGAUAUAUAUGUAUAUGUUUUGUGUAUUUAGUAUUUUUUUUU